CUCUAUACGGAAAAGAUGUUUUCGUUUUGCAAACUUGGUGAUAUUGAUGAAUGUCAAUCAUACUCCAUGUCCAUGAAUAUAGAUUAAAUGAUAAACUAUAAACAUAGAUCUAGCUCUAGAUCUAUAGAUCUAGAUUAGGCCUAAGCAUAUUUCAUGUGAUUUCAAUUAUGUCUUUGUUAAAAGUGUGUGGUAACGUAAAUGUGUGUCGAACAGUAGCGGAACAAAUUGUUCACUGUGGCAGGCGGUGGCGAUGGAAUGAUUCAAUUGUUGCAGUGACAUGUCAGCUAUCAGGGCAGCACAUAUUCUGCAGAAAUGUCAGCAAGGAACCAAACUUUAAAAAGCAUAUGUUCAAGCCUAACCAUUACUGGGACAAUGUUCCAAGAGAUUACACCUUGGUUUAUGACUGCCACUUGAAAUAUUGGCUUAUAGGAGUAAAGACUGUUCCUUUGGUCUCAGGAGUUUUUCUCGGCUCCUACUACGGAUAUAACUUUGAAAACAUAAACCAGUCAAUAUCCUUAAGAGAUCAAAUCAUCUUAACAGCAUUGUUCAGUGUAUAUGCUGCCGUUUCUGUCUAUGUGAAUAUCAUGGCCAGGAGUUACUUUCAGAGAAUCUACUACAACGGAGGACAGUUUAUUGCUGUGCGUCGUUCAGUCUUUGGACGCUUAAAGCAACUAAAGUAUACCAUCAGUGACGUUACCUAUGAUUUUAAGAAAGAAUUAGAUUCUCAUUAUGGUGCUGAUGUGAAGAUUAAGAACACAAAGUGCCAUCUGUUUGCCACAGACUUCAUUACCCCAGUUUUUUACAAUAUGCAUCUGGGUGACCAAGUAGCUAUUACUACUUCUAAUACUUCUAUUUCUGAUUUUCCAAAAUUUUGAUGGAGUUUUGAUAGCAAUAGAAAUAACAAUGGUUUUAAAAUUAACUUUGUUUGAAUAGGCAUCUUUAUCUGGACUGGAGUUAAGUUGAUCGGUUUCAAUUCUUUUUGUAAAAAAAUGUGUGCUAACAUUUUAUUGUAAUAAAAAUAUGCUCUCAGUGAAGAAAUAGACUUAAGCGGUCUCAUAAAUGUGUGCAUCUAUGAAUGUCCUGCCUUAUUAAAUACUGAUGUUUCUUCAAAAUUUAGAUUAUUAUGUCUUUCAUGUAUUUCUGUUCAAAUAGUCAUUGAUGUAAAAGAUUGAAAUUCCUGGAUGAGUUAGACAGUUCCAUGCUCUAAUAGCACUAAGGAGGAAUGAGAACUUGUAAUUUGUCCUUGAUUAUGAAAUAAGAAAUGAGUAUUUCUUUCGUUUA